AACAUGAUGUUUAUCUGAGAUCUUUACUAAUUAUUUUCCACAAAACGCGCAUUAUCAUUCUAUAAUGAUUUAUUUAACUUUAUUUGGUAAUUUAAAGGCGCAAUAUAAAGAAUUUCUUUAUUAAUAAAUUGUAUGUCAUCGCUCAUCUUUAAAAAAGAUAUAAAAGGCCUCAAAAGUUUCUCAAAACUGUCAAUACAAUUUCCUUGUUUUUUAACAUAAUCUCAAGAAUAUUAUUUCUUUUUUAAAAAUGUUAUCUCUUCUUUACAUUUUCGCUCUCGUGUUAUCAUUUUUGGCUUUUGUUAAUGCCCAGUUACCAGGAAAUUGGCCACCAGUUGAUAAACCUCCACCAGUUAAUGGUGAAUGGACUAAAUUAGUCGAUAUGUCACAAGUUCCGAAAGCUCCUAUAUCAAAAGUUGCAGGAGAUUGUGGAGCAACUGAUAAUUUUUGUAACUGGAGUUGUACUACAUGUGUUCGUACUAAUACAACUGAUAUUAUCCAAUGUCCAGGAAAAACUGAUUGGGGUCUCUCUUUCGAUGAUGGUCCAACAGAAUUUACGCCUCCUUUAUUAGAUUAUUUGAAUUCACAAAAUGUCAAACUGACAUUUUUUGUUAUCGGUUCUCGCGUAAUUGAAAAUCCCGAUACCUUGAAAAAUGAAUUCGCAGCCGGUCAUCAAAUCGGAGUACAUACUUGGUCUCACACUGCUCUUACAACUCAAUCUAAUGAGGAAAUUAUCGCGGAAAUCAAAUGGACAGAAUUGGCAAUUAAAACAGCUAUUGGUGUUACACCAAAAUAUAUGAGACCUCCUUAUGGAGAUGUUGACGAUCGUGUAAGAUCAAUUUUAUCUCAACUUGGUUAUAAAAUUGUCAUUUGGGAUAAAGAUACAAAUGACUGGAUGUCUGGAGAAGACAAGAAUUUUCAAGUUUCUUGGGUUGAAGGAAAUUUUACUGAAUGGGUUAAGGAAGAUGAUCCUACAGGACAUAUAUCAUUGGAACAUGAUUUAUAUAAACCAUCUGCUGAACAAGGUCCAUUAGUUGUACCAAUUGUACAAGGUGCUGGAUUUACCAUUAAACCAGUAGCUCAAUGUGUAGGCGACACACAACCUUACCUUGAAAGUACAAAUACUGGUACUACUGAUACUACAACCGGUUCUACGACUAAUACUACAACCGGUUCUACGACUGAUACUACAACCGGUUCUACGACUGAUACUACAGCAGGUUCUACGACUGAUACAAAUUCUGUUGUCGCCGAUGGAACUCAAAACCUUGAACCUUCAUCCGUUGUUGCCACGAGCCCUACAGCCACUACAACAUCGAGUGCUAUUUCUCAUAUAAAUAACAAUAAUUAUUUAUUAUCUUUCGUACUUUUUAUUUUGGGUUAUUUCAUGGUUAUUUAAAAUAUAAACUUUUAUUUACUUUUUUAUAUUAAAUAGAACUUAGAUAUAAAAAAAUUUU